AUGUCCCUCUUCCCUCCCCCCACUCAGGACGCGGCGUCCGUGUUGGCUUCCCUCCCCCUGGAUUCGAAACGACACAUGCUCGUCUUUCUCGCUUCGCACGAGGAGAGGGGACGACCUUGGUGCAGGUCAGUUCGUUGCGUCGAUUCUUAUUGGAGAAGGCGAGCGAUUCGGAUGGAUCUCCAAACUCCUCCAUCGAGUCGAUGACUUCCCCACUAUAAUCACACGCCAGACACAAUCACGGGGAAGGCAGUGUCGGCUCGCUGACUCGCGAGGCUUACAUCCUACCUCUCCACUCAUAGGGACUGCGAAGCGGCCGAACCUUUGAUCGUCAAAUAUCUCGACGAGAAGAACUCCACGGUCAUCUGGGUGGGGUCAAGGGAGGAGUAAGUUCAGGACCAUCAUACCCAGCGCCCCACUGAACAUCAGGCUCUCCUCGGAUUUGAUCCUUAUUGACGUCACGUGCGCCGACCGGGUUAGGGCUGACCGAGAUCCGAAUUGUGCCGUUCCUUCUACAGAUGGACGAAGCCAGACAACGUAUGGCGUCAAAAGCCAUGGAACGUCCAACGCGUUCCGACAUUGAUCAAGAUCGAAGCGAGUACAUCAGCCAAUGUAACGGGUCAAGAAUCUCCCUCAAUCGAAGAUAGGGUUCGUUCCGAAUGACCUGUUCUCCGGAUAGUUGGCUCAAUGUGCUCACCUCUUGUUUGGAUCUACAGAUCUCCAACGCGCCUCAUCUGGUCGAAGCAGACAUAUUGGAAGGGUCCAAAUUGCGAGGGUUUGUAGCCUGA